AUGGAGGAUCCCUCCGACUGGCAUCCUUCGUAUCCGCAGACCCAGCGUCCCUUGUCCAUGCCUGUCGAAUACGACCCUGAAGCCGCGUCGGGCAGCGAAGCGCGCAUCUUUGGUCAGCGUCAUCACAAGCCCCAGACUUCCGUCUCGCGACCCUCUUCAACCAGCGUACCUAUACCGAUCCCAUCAAAUCCAAAUGUCAUUCCUGGAAAUCUACUCCCGUCAGCGCCUGCUUCUCCACCGACCCCGGCUCCGUCUCCAACGCCGGGCCGUCGUCUUCCCAGCUGGACCUCUACGACGGCACCAUCGCUUGAUUUGCAUAUGGCCGAAGAUGGGGACCUGGACGAUGUUGACAGUGAAGGCACGUUUAGCGUAGACAAAGGGUUGAGAUUCAGGCAUAUGAAAACCAUGUUUUCCGACAUGGACAACGACGAACGCAAACGCAUCCUAACAGAGCUGUUGGCGAAUUGUGACGGAAAACUAUUGGGUUAUGUUGCCAAUUUUGUUGCACCAAGACUAAAGAGAGAUCCUNUUGGCGUGUUGCCUAACGAACUCUGCCUAAGGAUACUCACAUUUAUCGAUGAUGCCAAAACGCUUGCUCGCUCAUCGCAGGUUUCANAAAGAUGGCACGAGCUGGUCAGCGACGAUAUGGCUUGGAAGAGCCUGUGCGAGAAACACGCUUAUCGCCGCAUGUCGGAUGACACUCCUUCGACUAAUACCAGGCAACAACAUUCAUCACCCUACGAGCCGUCCCACUCGGGUUCGUCUCUCAGCUUCGCCACUCAUGCUCUGCGCAUACAUAACCCCGCACUUGCCAGCUUCAGCACUUCGACACCUGACUUAAGUCGUGUCAAGAGUCUUGAUAGAACAACGUCUGCUCCCGUCCUGCCUUCUGCAGCCAUCCGCCGACGACCACAGGCCAUGACUUACCGCUCUCACUUCAAGCAAAAGUACCAGGUCGAAACCGCCUGGCGGACUGGCGGCAAGGUCGACCAAAGACAGAUUACACCGGACCAAGGUGUUGUGACCAGUUUGCAUCUUACUGACAAGUACAUCAUCGUUGCUCUGGACAACGCGAAAAUUCACGUUUUCGACACCGAGGGCAAGCACUUGAGGUGUCUACAAGGCCACGUCAUGGGCGUAUGGGCCAUGGUACCUUGGGGUGAGACUUUGGUGUCGGGUGGCUGCGACAGAGACGUCCGCGUUUGGAACAUGGCGACUGGACAACCCAUUCACAUGCUGCGUGGUCAUACUUCUACUGUUCGUUGUCUGAAGAUGUCAAAUGCCACCACCGCUAUUUCUGGUUCUCGCGACACCACCCUUCGCAUCUGGGACAUUGAAAGGGUCAAUGCAAACACGUGCUCAUGGGUCAUCAAGCAAGUGUUCGCUGCCUCGAGAUCCACGGAGACCUGGUUGUAUCUGGAAGUUACGACACCACGGCGAGAAUCUGGAGCAUCAGCGAAGGUAGAUGUCUCAGGACAUUGCAGGGACACUUCAGUCAGAUUUAUGCAGUCGCAUUCGAUGGAAAGCGUGUCGCUACAGGCAGUCUUGACACUAGUGUUCGUGUGUGGAAUGUUGCGGAUGGGUAAGCACACCUCGAUACAACCAGUUGAAGAAGAAAUACUAACGUUCUACAGCAAAUGUCUGGCAAUCCUCCAGGGCCAUACUUCUCUCGUUGGCCAGCUUCAGCUCCGUGGUGACACUCUUGUGACUGGCGGCAGCGAUGGCAGUGUUAGGGUCUGGUCAUUGCAGUCCUACACACCUAUCCAUCGUCUUGCCGCACACGAUAACAGCGUGACGUCGCUGCAAUUCGAUGAGUCGCGCAUUGUAUCUGGUGGGUCUGAUGGCCGCGUCAAGGUCUGGGAUCUCCAGCGCGGAUGUCUUGUACGAGAACUUGGACAACCUGCUGAAGCAGUGUGGCGUGUUGUGUUUGAAGAGGAGAAAGCAGUCGUGCUUGCAUCCAGGCAAGGCAAAACAGUCAUGGAAGUUNUGAGUUUCGCCCCGCCGGAGGACGGAAACACCAGCAGCACCGCGUCGAGCCCUGCCGUCGUCUCCAAGCCUAUGCUACCUGCUAGCGAACCCUCGCCAAUGCAUAUAUCAGAUGCACCGGCAUCUGAUGAUCAGGUCGAGGACACGAUCAUGACAGACGAGACUCCACGUGAUAAUGAGGUCUCUUCACCAGUCACAUCAUCAUGA